AAUUAGUUUGGGCUUUGACCAAAACGGCAAUAGUUUGAGGGUGGGCCCAUCUUCAAGUUUGUGGUAACAGAGGAACUAAUACAAAGACAGAGAAAAAUGGUGGCUGAAAGUGUAAAUCUAUAGGAGAAAUAAAAAAGUAGAUAUGCUAAAAGCUGUGCUAGCUAUUACUCGCUUUUCCACAAGAAGCGUUGUGAGGAAGAUGAGUUACACCCCAGCAUUUCCCAAGUUCGUUUCCUUUGAAGGCACCGACAUAACUAAGCCUGACGGGUUCAGAUUCCGUCUUGUCUCGUAUAACAUAUUGGCUCAGGCUUAUGUGAAGAGUAUUCUGUUCCCACACUCUCCUUCCCCUUGUCUCAAGUGGAAACUUCGUUCAAACGCAAUUUUAACAGUUCUUAAGAACUUGAGAGCUGAUUUUUUCUGCCUACAGGAAGUUGAUGAGUACGAUAGCUUUUACAAAGGAAGAAUGCAGGAGUUAGGAUAUUCUUCUGUUUAUAUGAAGAGAAAUGGGCAGAAGCGUGAUGGGUGUGGGUUAUUUUACAAGAAUGAUCGUGCAGAGUUGGUCCUGGAGGAGAAAAUUGAAUACAAUGAUCUUGUAAAGUUAGUUCAAAAUGGGAACUCUUCAAAAGAUGAUGAACACAGCAAUGUCCAGACAGUUCAGCCAGAUGAACAAACGGAUGUGGCACCCAAAAAUGGGCCUAAAUUGAAUAUAGAAGAUCGUGGAGAUCCCAAUGAUCCUAGUGUGAGACUAAAGCGUAACUGUGUUGGAAUUAUGGCUGCAUUCAAACUCAAAGAUCCCUCCUGUCAUGUUAUUGUGGCCAACACACAUCUUUAUUGGGAUCCUGAGUGGGCUGACGUCAAGCUUGCACAAGCUAAAUAUCUUCUAUCUCGUUUAGCAAAAUUUAAAACACUGGUAUCAGAUCGAUAUGAAUGCACACCUGAAGUCAUUGUGGCUGGUGACUUCAAUUCUAUGCCCGGAGAUAUGGUUUAUCAAUACCUUGUAACUGGCAACCCUUCAUCAAAACUUAUGCCUAACUGUUUAGACGAGCCUCCUCCUAUUCCCUUAUGUAGUGUCUAUGCUUCUUUAAGAGGAGAGCCACCAUUUACAAACUACACACCUGGCUUCACUGGAACACUGGACUAUAUAUUAUUUUCCCCCUCCAACCGCAUUAAACCAAUUAGUUUUCUUCAGCUUCCAGACUCUGAUGCAACUGAUAUUGUUGGCGGGCUGCCAAACUUCAGUUAUCCAAGUGAUCAUCUUCCAAUUGGUGCUGAAUUUGAAAUCAUCAAGGAGUAAAUGUUCUUGUAUGCCAAGUGCUAUUUGAGUUCUAGGGUGUCAUGCUCCAUCAACUUUUCCCUUUGAAUCUCAAAGUAAGAUGAAAGCAAAGCUGGGGAGCAGGUGUACGAUGAAUUAUGUCAUGAGAUCAACACAGCCACCUGGCAAAAAGGCCAGCGGUCACCGAAAAGCAAACCUGUUUAGGAGAUUGUCAUAUGAUGAAAAAUUCACGUUUGAUUGACUUCUUACCCCUCAAUGAAAUUGCAGCUCGUUUUGAAGAUAGAACAUGGUUAUAUUUUUAGAUUUGUUAGUUUCAAAGAUUUUGUUAUUAUCUAAUUCUGGUGAACAUAUAUCUAAUUUUAGACAUUAUAUUUUAUAUUAUUAUAUUUG